AUGAUUUUUCAAAUUUAUGUUUUAUGGUUUGUGAUCGGCAAAUGCAAUAGCAUUUCAAGCUUGAUCCCGCCAUACACCAAUUACACACACUCAAUUGAACUUCAAACAAAUGUAGCUGAUCUUUGGUGGACAACGGAUGAUGUUAAACAAGAGAUCAUCUUUGAAUUGCAUAUUCAAACUACAGGCUGGAUAGCAUUAGGAAUAAGUCCAGCUGGUGGUAUGAGAGGAGCGGAUAUUGCUAUCGGAUGGGUUGAUUCUUUGGGUAAAGUUACUAUUCAAGAUCGAUAUGCAUCUGGUAAAUCGAAGCCAAUGAUUGACAACACAACUCAAGACUGGUUUGCUUUACAAGGUCGUGAACAAAAUGGAUGGACAGCUAUUCAAUUCAAACGUUUAUUUGAUACAUGUGAUAAUAUGGAUUAUCCAAUUAAGUGGGGAACGAAUAAUUUAAUCUUUGCUUAUGGUCUUACUGAUCCUGAUCCAAGCCGACCUGACGGUGAUAUCACAUAUCAUAAUACUCGUCGAGGUUCUCGUACAAUUCCACUUCACUCAUACAAUGAUCCACCGUCAGAAGACAAAUUUGCCGGUCUAGACAACUUUGAAUGGCGCUUGAAUAACUAUCUUGUUCCUUCGAAUGACACAACUUAUCAUUGUAAAAUAUACAAGACACCAAGUGGUUUUACAAUAAAACGGCAUGCUAUAGCACAUAAAAUUUUAAUUGAUUCAUCUAAUUUGGAUCUUGUACAUCAUUUACUCUUAUAUGAAUGCGAUCCUACUAUUAUCUUUGAUGAUGCUAAUUUGCCAGAUGGUUUUUGUGAUGAUCUUUCAGAUAAAACAGAAUUGUGUUCGUCGAAUAUUGCAACUGGUUGGGCUGUAGGCGGAGAUUUCAUUUUAGAAUUUCCAGAAGAAGCUGGAUAUCCACUUGGUGGUGAUUUUCCUAUUAAAUACUAUAUGAUUGAAAUGCAUUAUAAUAAUCCAAACUUAAAUUCAGGUCGUCGAGAUAGUUCUGGUAUUCGAUUUUAUCUUAGUAAUCAACUUCGUCAACAUGAUCUUGGAUUUUUAACCUUUGGAACAUCAUCAAAUCCUAUGGCUCUUGCUAUUCCUCCUCAAGUUGAUGAAUUUAUCGUUGACUCAUACUGUCUGUCUAAUUCUACUCGAACAUUUCCAGAAUCAGGUAUCACAGUAACAUCUGCAUUUCCACAUACACAUUUGCAAGGUAAAAGUGUAUGGACUAAAUUAAUUCGUAAUGAUACAGCUGUUCAAUAUUUAUUUAAUGCCGAUGCGUUCGAUUUUAAUUAUCAAUUUCAUAAUCGUCUACCAAAACCUAUUAAACUUUAUCCAGGUGAUGCAUUUGCUACUCGAUGUAUGUAUCAGACCAUGAAUAAAAACGACAUUACAUUAGGAGGUCAAAGAACAAAAGACGAAAUGUGUCUUCAUAUGUUUAUGUAUUAUCCUCGAAUGAAUAAUAUGUAUUUAUGUGCAACAAUUAAUCAUCCUUUAGCAUGGCAAAAGAUAAUGAAUGCAUCGGCGCCCCCAAGUUACAGUAUACUAAGACAAUGGUUACGUAAUUUGCAAUGGACAUCUGAAUCAACUGUUCAAUGGCAAGAAUUCUAUAAUAAUGCUACACGUCUAUUGUUUUACGGUCGAUCAGGACAAUUUCAGAAUCAAAUACUUCAAGGCAUUCCAACAUAUAAAGAUUUACAACCUGAUAUAUGCCCAAAUUCGACUGGAUAUCAACAAACAUUUAGUAUUGUCUUAAUAUUUGCUCCUUUUUUAAUGAAAAUAUUUUAUCUGUAA